AUGAGAGAAAUUUUGGAAAAACCGAAAAUACAGAAGGAAAAGCAAACUAAAGAAAACUCCAUUCUUGAGGAGCCACUAAAUAAGAUAUCAGAGGGCAUGCUGAUAACCAUCAAAGAGUGAGUAAUAAGAAUGGUUUUACCUUGGUUAGAAGACAAUUUCGCAAUUCAAGACUUCGAAGGUUGCAAAUUUUCUUCAAAAUUAAGAUCAUUCUCUUAUAAAUGGACUUUAUCUCCCUCUUCACCAAAUGGGAAAUUAUCAAAAAUGGAUUCUUCCCGAGUAUGAAAUUCAAACUAUCAGGUGGAAAAUGAUCAGAAAUUUUGUUUAAACCCUUCUCUGUACUCAACCUCCAAAUGGUGAGUGAAGAGUACUUUCUGAGAUAAUUCCGGACGAGAAUGGAAUGACCUGAUGACAGAGGCCAUAGUAUACACUAUUUGCACAAUUAUUGACCAAAUAACCUACUAUUACCCAUUCCUGUCUACAUCCUGCUUUGUGAUCUAUCUUGUGUAUCUCAGCAGGUAUGUCCAACAGAGCUUAGAGAAAAGAUUUUGCAAAAUAAAGGAAGUUAAAAGAACUCUCUUCAUCAUAUUUAUCCUUGCUUUCAAGUAUGUGGAAGAUUUAGAUGUGGAUGAUGGGUACACUCUAAAUGUAUGAAAAGAGAUUCGGAUCUUUAGGCGACAAAAAGAAGUUAACACACAAACUUCUUCGUUAAUGAAGCAUCUUAGUCAUAAUUUAUUUGUUCGUCAGGAGCAAUUCCUGGAAUGGAAGAAAGCUGUGAUGCCUGCAACAGAUGAAAAACAGCAAGAUUCCAUCGAAAUUAUUGAUGACUAUUUCUACCCAAAAGCUUCCUGAGCUUCACCUAAAAACAAGUUUUGAAAAUCCAGAAAGAACACUGCGCAACCUUUACAUGGAUUGGUGUUAUUGUUAGGAGACAAAAUGCUUGCAAGCAAACAAGAAUUUGAGAGCUUCUUUGACAUGACUCCUACCACUCAGACCACUGAUAGUUUUGAUUCACUGGUCUAA